AAACACAGCUUGCUUCGAGUUUCGUAUCGUAGGCGGCAUUCCCUGUACGGAUUCCCCACGUCACAGCUCCUUAGGAAAGCUACAGUUUAUAUGUCGGGGGAGCUAAAGACAAGAAAUCAAAUCGCCACCUCUUCGAGCAAAGCGAGACCCCCCCGGUGACACACCGCUACAGCACUCAUGGAUGUAAAGGGCGAGGACGCCGUGGCUAUGAUGGGACAAGCGGGCGAGCUGCAGCUGCAGGGCGCUCGCUGGAAGCGCACUCGCCUGCUCCUCGCUUGCUGCGUGAGCUGCUGCUUCCUGCUCGCAGCACUCAGCGUUUACCUUCUUCUCCAGCACGUCGCUCCGAAGGGUGAAACACAGACUGAUUCCGAAAUGCUUCGACAACCUUUCGAUACCGCUGACAAACCAAGGGCACAUCUGACAGCCAAAGAGACUCUUCCUGAUAAGAUCGAUGGUCAAUACUUCGCUCUCCAAUGGGAAGACAAGAAUGGACUUGCUUUUACUAAGGGCAGCCUAAAUUAUCAGAACCGGGCACUUACUAUUCCCAGAAAAGGAGACUACUUUGUAUACUCGCAAGUCUCAUUUAGAGGUACUAGAAGCAACAAGUUAAAAAACAUUACUCAUAUCACUCAUAUCAUUACUAAAUUGACUUCAAGUUAUCCUGAUCCCACACAGCUACUGAGUUCCACCAGAUCUAUCAAUGGAGAUCCAUGGCAUGUGGCUAUCUAUUUAGGGGCAGUAUUUCACCUAGAGCAAGGGGACAGGAUAGUAGUAAAUGUCAGCAGUGUGAAUCAAGUGGAUUUUACCAAUGAUCAUAAAACUUACUUUGGUGCCUUUUUACUAUGAUAGCUCAGUUAAAUAGGAAGUGCUGUAUUCAUUAAUUAGGGGAGUUAAACAGAAAGUUGGAGGGCUAUAUAUGACACCUUACCUGAAGUUCUAUUUACCCCAUCCACUCUGGCUCACUAGCACAAAUUUGUGAAGCAGAAGUUUUUCAUUGACGGACUUUUAAAUAAUGUUAUAUAGGCACAAAGUCAACCUGUGAACUGGGGAAUACAGUGAAGGGUUGCCCAUGUCAGAUGGAGGUUUCCAACCUUGCCAUUUGAAUUGAAUAAAUUGGCCUCCUGGCACAUUGUUGAAAAGUGACAGACCAAGAAAUCCAACACUGGGAUGCUGGAGCAGCUGCACCGAAAGUGUGCAGUCUUGAGAAUUGAACUGCCCGACAAUGGAAAUGAGGACAAUGCAAAACAGUUAACAAGAACACAGCAAAAACACCGAGAAGAGUAAAGGAUUAAGCUGACCUAUCUGCCUGCCUUCUGUGGUGUUCUAACUGAAUCACUGUGGCCCUUAUAUGAUGUGAAUUUGACACCCCUCUUUUAGAUCAUUCCACUGUUAACAGCUGGAAAUAAACUCCUGCAUUUAUAUUUAGAACAUUUUGUGCCCAGACUUCAAAUGCAGUAACAAUGACACUAAAAUGCAAAGUAAAGCAGUGAAAAUUUAGUCAACAGAGCAGAUGGAAGAGUCAGUUCCACGUUUACUGUGUGCUUUUCUUGACACAAGGAAACAUUUCCAGACCAGUGCAUAUUUUCAAUUUAAGUUCUCAAAUUUAUGAUGUGAAUUAUGUUGCUAUGUAAUAGACAAUUUUCAUAUAUAUUUAUGUACUAUCAAAUGUUGAUGACUAAUUAGAAUAAUAUACAUCACUCGAAGAAUGCAGAGCUUAGAGCUGAGUACAUCAUAUUUAGUGGGAAAUGUCCCUGAUAUUAUUAGUUGUACUUAUGUGUAUACGUAAAGAUAUAGGCAUGCAUGUACAGGACCAACUGAAUGUUCAGCAGCCACUUCAUUUGCUACAAAGGUUAGCCCAUCAUCUAUUCCUUAUUAUGAUCUGCACCUAAGCUACAGAUUGUGAACAUGUUUUAUAUUAAAACUUAUUUUAUUUAGUGACAUAUUUUACAUAUUGUAUGAUCAUGUCAAAAUACCUAUCUGGUACUGUAGAAAUUCUUUGGACUAACUAUUAUUUAUCUAUUGAAUCUUUAUCAAGAUUCUGGAUUUUUAACUAGUUUGUAGGAUGUAUUUCAUUCCAAUAGCACUAAUUUCAAACACAUGUUCUCCUCAUGGUUCAUGGAAUUUAUCUAACAAUUAAUCACAUCAUACAAACCCGGAAGAUCCCAAAUUUGACAAAUUAAUUCAGCUUUGAAAGCUGCAGUGGACCAGGUUUGGGGGGCGUGGGGUUUGUAGGGGAAAAAAUCAACCCAACCUCCUGCUUCUGAUGCUAUCUGGUGACCCCCAGUUAGAAAUGCACAUGCUGCGAACAUUGGAUGAGAAUAGGGUAAGGCUAAGUGCUGCCACUCCCACAGUUGAAUAGCCUGCCAACAAUCACACAUGAAUAAUUGUGAAGUGGGUAAGGAGGGUGCUCCCAAUGGAACUGUAGUCUAAUAAGGAAUCAAUGUUUUGCGAGGAAGGGAGAAGUUGUGAGAAAAAUUCUAUAAAUUACAUUUUUAUGUUGCAUUUAACAUAUUGUACUCCUGGUUGUUAAUAUCGUGAUUUAAUAUCCAUCUAAAAAAAUUAAUAUUUAAUGAAAUAAAGGCUGAAAUUAAGGU